UUUUUUUACUCGGUAUUUUAUUUUCCUCUUUCUUUAUCUUUUCUUUUCCUUUUUACUUUUACUUUUACUUUUCCUUUUUCAUUUCUAUUAAUAUGAGCAAAACCGGCGAUAAUAAGCAAAGAACUCCUCUUCUCACACAUCUUGUUGCAGGUGGUGCUGCUGGUUUCAUGGAAGCAUGUACUUGUCAUCCCCUUGAUACAAUUAAAGUUAGAAUGCAAUUAGCUAAAAAUGCUGCUAAAAAUGCUAAUGGCAAACCGCUUGGUUUCCUUGGCGUAGGUGCAAAAAUAAUUAAAACCGAAUCAUUUUGGGCUUUAUAUAAGGGUCUUGGUGCUGUUGUUUCCGGUAUUGUACCUAAAAUGGCUAUUCGGUUUAGUUCUUUUGAAUUAUAUAAACAAUGGAUGGCUGAUAGUGAUGGGAAAGUCAGUACGACUGCCGUUUUUGUUGCUGGUCUUGCUGCUGGUACUACCGAAGCCAUCUUAGUCGUUUCACCAAUGGAUCUUAUUAAAAUUCGUCUUCAGGCUCAAAGACACUCUAUGGCUGAUCCUAUGGAUAUUCCUAAAUAUCGUAAUGCACCUCAUGCUGCUUAUACAAUUGUUCGUGAAGAAGGUAUUCGUGCGUUGUAUAAGGGUGUCACAUUAACUGCUUUAAGACAAGCUACUAAUCAAGCUGCUAAUUUCACUGCUUAUCAAGAAUUUAAGAAAUGGGCCAAGUUUUAUCAAAACUUAGAUGAACUUCCUUCCUAUCAACAUUUAAUUCUUGGUGGUGUCUCUGGUGCAAUGGGUCCUCUUUCUAAUGCACCUAUUGAUACAAUUAAAACACGUAUUCAGAAAUCAAGUGCUACUGGAUCUGGAUGGGAACGGUUUAAGAUCGUUACAUCCGAGAUCAUGACAAAGGAAGGCCCCAGAGCUUUCUAUAAGGGAUUGACACCUAGAUUAUUAAGAGUUGCUCCUGGUCAAGCUGUUACAUUCAUGGUUUAUGAAAAGGUAAAAUCGUGGCUUGAUAGGUUUCAAGAGAAGGUGAAUGAAGGUGAAGUUACAACACUUGCAUCUACUGCAAAAAAAUAGGGAUACAUCUAAUAUGUCAUAACCCAAACUUCUUUGGUGAUAAACAAAAAAAAAAAAAAAUUCUCUUUUCUAAUUUAUCUAUUUUUCUCCUUUUUUAUUUUAUUUUAUUUUAUUU